AUGAGGUUAACGACGGACCUGAUCAACAACUCCCUCUCCUUCAUCAAUCCUCUUACGGAGCGUGAACUCGAUCUGCGAGGCCACAAGAUUUCUGCCAUCGAGAACAUGGGAGCUGCGCGAGAUAACGAUGCAAUCGACCUCACCGACAACGACAUCGCACAACUCGGCAACUUUCCGCUGCAGCCCCGCCUCCGAACACUCUUCCUCGCGCAGAACCGCAUAGCAAAUGUCCAACCGAACCUGUCGACGAGCAUACCGAACUUGAAGACGCUGGUUCUCUCUAAGAACAGGAUCGCGGAGCUGUCUGAUCUGGACCCUCUGGCGGGGUUCAAGCAGCUUGUCUACCUGUCAUUGAUGCACAACCCGGUUACGAGCAAGGAGAACUACCGCUAUUGGGUCAUCUGGCGCUGCCCCUCCGUUCGCUUUCUCGACUUUGUCAAGGUGCGCGACGUUGAACGCAAAAAGGCUAAAGAGCUCUUCGGAACAUCAGAAGAGCCAACAGAUCUUGCGAGCAAGAUCAUGGGCGUCAAGUCCAAGGGAUUUGUGGUCCCGAGCUUCGAGAACGGCGCCGACGACUCGACUAAGGAGCGCAUCUACACGGACGACGAGAAGAAGCGUAUGCGAGCUGCUAUCCAGGCCGCGAGCAGUCUGGCAGAGAUGGCAAGACUCGAGAAGGACUUCUCUGAGGGACGGAUACCAGCGUACAUUCUCGAGGGUGGAGACCCUAUGGAGACAUAGUCUGGGGAGUCCCGUGGUACGAGAACUAUCCACUCAGAAGAGGUCGAGACUCACAGCGGAAACACGUUGGCCGAACGCAGGCGCGUGGGAUUGAAGCACGAGCUCUAUUGGAGACGAAUUUAGUGUUGGAUUUAGUGGCGCUCUGAUGCAAGAUUUGAGUUGCAUAUUAGACAUACUAGCUGCAGCAUGUGGAAGGAUGGCACGCAGAAACCGCAAAAAUGCACAAAGCGAAUCGAAUAACUCAACGAACUGGAAACAAUGCAAAUUUUUGAACUUG